GCCUCCCUGUCUUAUCCACAUUUUCCAGCCAACUGCUGUGGCUGACUUCCGCAAUCCUGGUGGAAUAAAUCUAGCACCCCUGGACUCCCGCCUGCAUUAGCCACACUGUGCCUGAAAGGAGCCCGGACGAGAUUCCCAACUUCAGGAUGUGGGGGCUCAAGGUCCUGCUGCUACCGGUGAUGAGCUUUGCUCUGUACCCUGAGGAGAUGCUUGACACUCAGUGGGAGCUGUGGAAGAAGACAUACCAGAAGCAGUAUAACAGCAAGGUGGAUGAAAUCUCUCGGCGCUUAAUAUGGGAAAAGAACCUGAAGUAUAUUUCCAUCCAUAACCUUGAGGCCUCUCUUGGUGUCCAUACAUAUGAACUGAGCAUGAACCACCUGGGAGACAUGACAAGUGAAGAAGUGGUUCAGAAGAUGACUGGGCUCAAAGUACCCCCCUUUCAUUCCCAGAGUAAUGACACCCUCUAUAUCCCAGACUGGGAAGGCAGGGCUCCCGAUUCUGUGGACUACCGAAAGAAGGGCUAUGUUACACCUGUCAAAAACCAGGGUCAGUGUGGUUCCUGUUGGGCUUUCAGUUCUGUGGGUGCCCUGGAGGGCCAACUGAAGAAGAAAACGGGCAAACUCUUAAAUUUGAGUCCCCAGAACCUGGUGGAUUGUGUGUCUGAGAAUAAUGGCUGUGGAGGAGGCUACAUGACUAAUGCCUUCCAGUACGUGCAGGAAAAUCGGGGCAUCGACUCUGAAGACGCCUAUCCAUACGUGGGCCAGGAUGAAAGCUGUAUGUACAACCCAACAGGUAAGGCAGCUAAGUGCCGGGGAUACAGAGAGAUCCCUGUGGGCAACGAGAAGGCGCUCAAGAGAGCUGUGGCCCGUGUGGGACCCAUCUCCGUGGCCAUUGAUGCAAGCCUGACCUCCUUCCAGUUCUACAGCAAGGGUGUGUAUUAUGAUGAAAGCUGCAAUGGUGAAGAUCUGAAUCAUGCAGUGCUGGCAGUGGGGUAUGGGAUCCAGAGGGGCAACAAGCACUGGAUACUUAAAAACAGCUGGGGAGAAAACUGGGGAAACAAAGGCUACGUUCUCUUGGCUCGAAAUAAGAACAAUGCAUGUGGCAUUGCCAACCUGGCCAGCUUCCCCAAGAUGUGACCGCAGCCAGCCAGCCUCAUUCUGCUCUUGUAUUCCCACUUGAUGGUGCCGUAUCAUGAUGUGUCUUGGAGGGAGCUGUGUGCCAUUCUUGAAACAGACAAGGCAACACCGAGACUGUUUCGUUCUUCAUUCACCGGUGCUUCAAGCAAUGCCCACUACUUUUCUUCUCUCACCUGAGGCCC